CUUCGCCCCUCCCACAACAGCCGGGCCCAAAAGCAGGCUCGAUAGAUAAAGAAAUACAAUGUCCGCCCAACGCCAAGCCUCCUCCGCCUCACAAACCCCGCACCUCUCCCCAGCAGAGCUCUCCUACCUCUACACAUCCCUCUCCCUCCCCAACGCCCCCAUCCGCCCCGACGGCCGCUCCGCAACACAGUUCCGGCCCCUCGCUGCCGAAACGGACGUCCUGCCCGGCGCGAACGGCAGCGCAAGGGUUGGCUUCGCGGACGGGACGCAGGCGGUUGUGGGUGUCAAGGCUGAGGUUGAGAAAACUGUUCUUGGGUCGGAUACGACGGCCGCCGCUGCUGCCGGUGAUAAUGAUGGUGCGGGGGUAGCUGGUGGGGAUGGACAGGCGCCUGGCCAGGGUCAUGGGUCUUGGGUGCAGAUGUCGAUUGAGAUUCCGGGGUUCAGGGACGAUGAUGCGUUGCCGGUUUUUUUGGCGGAGAUGAUGCGCGAGCCGCUUGUGGAGAGUGUUUCUGAGGGUGGUAGUGGGGGGAUGACCGGGGGUUUGAAGGCCAGGUUGGUUAUUAAUAGGAGGUGGCAUUGGAGGUUGUAUAUUGAUGUUCUACUACUCUCGCAACCUCUUUCCUAUCCCCUCCCGCUUCUCUCUUUAACGACACAUCUCGCGCUUCUCUCGACGAAAUUACCGAAAUUGAAAUCGCAGGGCGAGGAGGAUCCCUUCUUUGAUGACGACUGGAACGCAGCAGAGUAUCUGUAUCCGCGCUCUGCGACCCCCUCGCUCAAACAGCAGCAAGUGCGCCCCCCCGUCACGCUGCUCGUCAUCGCAGUCGGCGAAAACGUCAUCUUCGAUCCGAACAGGGAGGAAAUCGCCGUCGCAGACACUGUCCUCGCUGUAUCCGUCACGCGCAAUGACGGCUCAGACGGUUUGAAACUACUAUCUAUCCGCACGGUGGAUCCCCCAUCGCGGUUAACGCAGCCGGGUGUUCCGAACACGGAGAAUGCUGCUACUGGAGGUGCAGCCACUGGAGGAGGCGCGACAGAGUCGGGCGAAGUCCCUGGUGUGUGGCGCCCGCGGAGGGGAGGCGUCAAGCGGAGUACGAUUGCGCGGAUGGCGAAGCUGGUGCUGCAGAGGGGGGGUGUGGGGGAGGAGGUUCUGGAGGGGUUGGAGGGUGUUCAAGUUGGGUGAUUCCUUUGCCGAGCAGGAGGGAUAUCCUUAUUUUAUCGCUUGGUUGAGCGAGUGACGACACUUAAUUUGACUUGACUUGAGUUGAGUGGGUAUGCAGGGCUCGCCGUAUGUCCGCGAUGCGAAUGCAGGGGUAGUCCAGUCUACCUGCGCGGGCGAGUCGUCUCCAGCCCGUCUGCUGAGCUGCGACUCGACUAGUUAGAGUACGGCUACGACUACGGCAGGAUGAACCGGAUAUGGAAUGAAUGCAUCAUCCAG